AUGGGCAGUAUUGAUACCACCCCUCCAACCUCCAUUCCGACGGUGGACAUCAGUCCCUGGCUCGACGAGCAUGCCUCGCCAGCCGCCAAAGAUGAAGUCGUGAACGCUAUGCGUGAUGCAUGUUCCACAUUUGGCUUUUUCUAUCUUGUUGGUCAUGGUAUCCCUGAAGAGGAUCGCCAAACGGUGUUGGACUGCACUCGUCGGUACUUCGCCCUCCCUAAGGAGGACAAGAUGGAUACCUGGAUUGGUAAGGCCAUGGGAAGGUCAUUCCGCGGAUAUGAGCCCCCUGCUCUCCAGGUGCAUAAGGAGGGGUUAUUACCAGAUACCAAGGAGGGCUUUAUUCUCGGUCGCGAGACCCCAGCAGAUGCUCCCGAGGCGGGAACUUUUCAUACCGGCCCUAACCAGUGGCCGAAGGCGCUGCCUAAUGAGCAGUUCCGUAUCCCUCUCAUGGAAUACCACGGCAAGAUGAUUGAGAUGGUAAAGGUUAUCCUGAAGAUCUUAGCCCGGGGACUUCCUGCGGAGUGGAACUGCCCGACUGGCGUAUUUGAUGAACUGGCAAUUAAUCCGUCUGCGCCCUUGCGGCUGCUCUACUACGCCCCUCAAUCUAUCAAGCAGGCGAACCAAUUUGGAGUGGGCGAGCAUACCGACUUCGGUAAUGUCUCGGUCCUGCUCCAAGAGGAAGGGACUGAGGGCCUGGAAGUUCUAUAUCCUCCAACACAGACAUGGGUACCCGUGCCGGUAAAAGCACACUCAUACGUUAUUAAUAUGGGCGAUAUGAUGCAGAAGUGGACGGUUGGGCACUACCGCAGUGCGCUUCAUCGGGUUGUAAAUUCUAGCACUAAGGCGAGGUAUAGUGCGCCUUUCUUUUUGAAUGGAAACUUGGAUCUUGAAUGCCAUGCCUUGGAUGGGUCUGGGGAGGUGACUGUUAUCGGAGAGCACAUUCGUCAGAGGCUGAUGGAGACAAUCGGUGGCGAGGCAGGGAGGAAAUUAGGACUUUGA